UGAUGUUUUCUCUUUACCACAAACAAUGCGCUUGUGUGAAACCAAAAUUAUACAAAUUAUAAAAAUCGCCUAAAAGAAAGACAUUCUAACAAUUAUUUCUGUCAUCUUAUUUUCCCUGGUAUUUCUUUAGACAUGAAUUUCUUAUCUCGUUUUUCUACAGACAGCAGUGCUUCUCUAUACGAAAGACAGAAAAUGGGGGGAGAGCUUUACGAUCACUUAGAUGAGAAUCUUCGUCCAUUCAUUGAUAUGAUUGACAAUUUGCGGUCAAUUGGAGUUCAUAAAGAUUUUAACAUUGCACUACCGAACAUUGUCGUGAUCGGAGACCAGAGUUCUGGAAAAAGUUCUGUGUUGGAGGCACUGUCUGGAGUUGCAUUACCUAGAGGAAGUGGAAUUAUCACCAGAUGUCCGUUAGAGCUAAGGCUGAAGAAGGUAAGAGUUGGAAUCAACUGGAAGGCCACUCUGUCUUACCGCAUGAAGAGAAUUGAAUUUGUGAAUUCGUCCGUCGGUACCCGGAACAGGGAGGCAUGUGUAAGAUAUGAUCCGAGGACAAUUACAUUUGACGAUCCUGCAUUAGUUGAAGAACACGUCAAUACAGCUCAGAAUGAACUGGCAGGAGAAGGAGCUGGAAUCUCUGAUGAACUCAUCACUUUAGAGAUCAUGUCACCUGAUGUGUGUGACCUCACACUGAUUGACUUACCUGGAAUUGCCAGAGUUCCUGUACAAGGACAACCACCGGAUAUUGGAAACCAAAUCAAAGCUCUGAUCCUAAAAUUUAUUACAAGGCCUGAGACUAUAAACAUGGUUGUAGUCCCAUGUAACGUUGAUGUCGCAACAACAGAAGCAUUGAAACUGGCACAGGAUGAAGAUCCUGAGGGUACAAGGACUAUUGCUGUUUUGACCAAACCCGACCUCAUAGACAAGGGAACAGAGAGAGACAUUCUGAAACAAGUUAUUCGUCUCUGCAAAGGUUACAUCAUGGUUAAAUGUAGAGGUCAACAACAGAUUGAUGAGGAUAUUUCUCUGGAGGAGGCUUUAAAAAUGGAGAGCGAUUUCUUUGAAAAUCAUGAACAUUUCAGAUGUCUUUUGACUGAAAACAAAGCUACAAUUCCACAUCUUGCCACCGAACUGACUGAGCAGCUUGUUAGUCAUAUAAAAAAAUCAUUGCCACAGCUCAAAGAAGAGAUACAAAAACAGUCAAGACAACUUAGAAAGGAGCUAAAGGUGUUUGAAGGUGGACCACCACAGGAUGCUCUUGGGGCCAAACAAUUCCUCAUUAAAACCUUAUCAGAAUUCAAUGAUAAAAUAAAGUCCUUAUCAUUAGGGGACCUGAUCAUUAAAGAUAACCUGUUUUCUCACCUUCGCGGAGAAUACAAGAAGUGGAAUCACCAUCUUAACAGUAAAAUGUCAUCCUUUAACCAGUCACCUGCAGAGAUCAAAAAGCAAAUAUUAAAGAAUAGAGGACGGGAACUGGCUGGUUUCAGCAGCUACAGGGUUUUCGAGAUGCUUUUGCAGGACCAUGUUGCCGAACUUAAGGACCCAGCUGUUAUUUUACUCAAUGCCAUAACAGGCAUCAUCCUCAAACAGUUCUAUACCCUGGCUAAUGAGUGUUUCCAAAGAUACCCUGCUCUUCUAAAAAUCACCAUGAACAAAAUGGAAAACAUCCAGUUAAGUCAGCAGAGCAAAGCUGAGGACAGGAUUGUGGAGCAGUUUCAAAUGGAAAACAUGAUCUGCACUCAGGAUGAUAAUUACUUUGAUGCACUGAAUGAUAGUGGGAACGAGAUUUUUUCUGAAACUCGACUACCUUUCUGUGAUAUAGCAACCAAGUACAGUGAAAUGCUGAAGGCGUAUUAUGAGAUCAUGGUUCGGCGCAUGUCUGACCAGAUGCCCAUGCUGAUGCAGUAUUUCAUGUUGAAAGAGGCUUCUGAGCUCCUGUGUAAUGAUAUGCUGACUUUGCUGGAGCAGUCAGAUGUGCGUGAGAUUCUGUCUGAGGAUUCAGACGUCAGUAGAAGACGCACAGAGUUACAGGCUCGCCUUGAACGUUUGAGCACUGCUCACGAAGAAAUUUGCACACUUACAGAUAAAACUACAAAUAAAAAACGUAAUAUCUGAAAAUACAUAAUUAAUGUGACCACUUUUUUCAAGUCAUGUAAAUGAUGUUAUGAUUUUAUUGAGGAAAGCUUAUAAAUAGUUUAAAACAGCAGUAGAUUUUUGCCUGCAAUCUCUCACGUUUUGUGUGCUGGCUUGUUUGCACAGCACGUUUGUUUUCAUUGGGUUUAUUUCUGAUAGUUUCAUGUACAUUUAAACGCAUUUAAUGUUACAAUAAGUCAUGCAAUGAUAUUAACCAAUUUAAUCUCUGCAUUAGAAUAGAUUUUAAAAAGUGAAUUAUAGCCAAAUAGUGAAUAAUUAGUUACUGGAUUUAAAGAUAUACUGAAGAGACAUCUUGUAAAGAAUGAUAUGCGUGGGGUUUGCAAGGUGUUAUGCCUCCAAAAGUGGUGUCAUGAAAUAUCAUUGAGCUAUGCAUCUUGUUUUAGAUAAAACAUGUACAACCUAUUUCAUAAAUAAUUGUCAAGUAAGCAAGUUUAUAAUGUCAGAGUUUUACAGCUUUACUGGCAUAUAGGGACAAUACAAAUGUGUUUGUAAACAAACUUUACUUGACCUAAAACUAAUAAAGAC